CCACAGGAAGGAUCGUAUAAUUCCCAGGCCGACUCCGCCCGGGACCGGGGCAAGUCUAAGGGUGGCGGCAGGAUGAACGAGGAGAUCUCCAGCGACUCCGAGAGCGAGAGCCUCGCUCCCAGGAGGACGGAGGAGGAGGAGCAGGAGGAGCUGGAGGAGACCGCGCAGGAGAAGAAGCUGCGCCUGGCCAAGCUCUACCUUGAGCAGCUCCGGCAGCAAGAGGACGAGAAGGCCGAGGCCCGCGAGUUUGAGGAGGACCAGGUGGCGGGGCGCCUGAAGGAGGACGUGCUCGAGCAGAGGGGCAGGCUGCAGAAGUCGGUGGCAAAGGAGAUCCAGGUCCCAGCCCCGGCCGACAUUCGAGUCUUACGGGGCCACCAGCUCUCCAUCACGUGCUUGGUUAUCACCCCCGACGACUUGGCCAUCUUCUCCGCCGCCAAAGACUGCACCAUCAUUAAGUGGAGCGUGGAGAGUGGACGGAAGCUUCACGUGAUCCCACGAGCCAAGAAGGGCGCGGAGGGGCAGCCCCCCGGCCACAGCAGCCACGUACUCUGCAUGGCCAUCUCCUCCGACGGCAAGUACCUGGCCUCGGGCGACCGCAGCAAGCUCAUCCUCAUCUGGGAGGCCCCGAGCUGCAGGCACCUGUACACCUUCACGGGGCACCGGGACGCCGUGUCGGUGAGGAGUGGGCCUCCGUGCGGGACCUUCAGGGAGCGCCGGGCGGCCGGGCCUGGGGAUGGGGUGGGCACCGUGCGCGUGUGGAAGAUCCCCGAGGAGUCCCAGCUCGUCUUCUACGGCCACCAGGGCUCCAUUGACAACAUUCAGCUCAUCAACGAGGAGCACAUGGUGUCGGGCGCCGACGACGGCUCCCUGGCCUUGUGGGUGCGGCUCUGGCGGUGCGGGGAGGGCUUCCGGCAGCUCGACCCUCUCUGCGACAUCCCCCUGGUGGGCUUCAUCAAUAGCCUCAAGUUCUCCAGCGCCGGGGACUUCCUGGUGGCCGGGGUGGGGCAGGAGCACAGGCUGGGCCGAUGGUGGCGGAUCAAAGAGGCUCGGAACUCCGUGUGCAUCAUCCCCUUGCGGAGGGCCCCCAGGCCCACGGCCGCAGGCUCCUGACGCCGUCCCCUAUUUAAGUCCUUCCCGCCCGCCCUGCCCUCUUGUAUUAAACGUCUUCUCUUUUGGG